ACAAAAAAAAAACGUGCGACAGAUUGAAUCGCAGUGUCAAAAAUCUGUGCAUUAGCUACUAAAGUAUGAUUUAAUUUUCGGAAUAGCGUCCAAUCAAAUGGAGGAUUAUCACAUUACCUUAUUUAAAAAAGAGAGAUGAAAGAAUGAAAGAAAAUCAGGCAAAAUGACGGUUUUUAAUCCGAUAGUUUUUUCACCUUUGCGGUUUAAUAAUAGUUUAAAUUCAGGUCCAGGGCUCGUGACCAUGAAAAAAAAAAAUGGCGGGAUGCGCGAGCGGUUUCCACUUCAUUUUACUUCAGCGUCGGUUGAGUUCCCCUUCACUCCACCUGUCAAUAAACAACUUUUACUUUUAAGAAACGUUAAGAAACACAAACUUUAAAGGUGUUUUAUUGGCUCUGGAUUUGGACCUGAGAUCCACUGAACAUGGUCUUCUUCACACAGCUAUUCACUUCAAAACGUGGACCCCUGGCCAGAAUCUGGCUUGCAGCCCACUGGGAAAAGAAGAUAACCAAAUCCCAUGUGUUUGAAUGCAAUCUAGAGGCGACAAUAGAGGAUAUUAUUUCUCCUCAGAUAAAGAUUGGGCUGCGAACUUCAGGUCACCUUCUCCUGGGUGUGGUGCGAAUCUACUCCAGAAAAGCCAAGUAUCUCCUUGCAGACUGCAAUGAUGCUGUGGUUAAAAUUAAAGUGGCUUUCCGACCAGGGCAGUUGGAUCUGCCUAACGAAGGGAUGGAGGCAAUGGUUAAAGCCAUUACACUGCCUGAGGAUUUUACCGACUUUGAGUCGCAGCUGCCUGAUCUCAACACUAUUGAUGUGGUAGAUCACUUCUCACUUAAUCAAAGCCGCACAGAGGAAAUCACUUUGAAGGAAAACUUUGGAAACAGUUUUCUUGCCCUGGACGACUUGGGUGAUGAAACCCAGUCUCAUCAGGGACUGUUUGAUACAAGUUUCCAUAGUCUUGGUGGAAAUGGUGAUGGGUUUGGUGAUGAGGGCAUGGCUUUUGAUCUUGUUGAUUUCAUAACAAAUGCGAAUGAGAAUGCACUGCUAACCGAUUCCUAUAGUGAAUCACCAGCAGAGGUCCCUGCAACACCCCCACCAACUGCUAUUAAUCCUACAGAACCUUCUGUGGCUACUGCAAAGGGCUUGCCUGAGACUUUCACACUGAAUGAGACCACAUUGCUGGAAAAUGCAGAGGACGGCUUUGCCCUUGAACCUGUGGCUGUUACAUCUUUUUCAGCAAGAAGGAAAGGAAGCAGGAAAAGGAAGCUAGUGGUGGAUCACUCUAAAGAGCUUUCUAAUGAAGCCAUCAAAGCCCAGCUGUCUGAUUAUUCUGACCUUUGGGCCCCACUUGACAUAGCUCCACCCACAAGGCAACUCAUGGAUUGGAAGAAAAACGGAGGCGUGGAUUAUUUGUUUUCACAUUUAUGCACUCCAGUCAUGAACAGUGACCUGCAGAAGCUAUUCCCUAGAGAUGGGCUACUUUGGAAACUGGGGCCGAAUUGCAUAGCUGAAAAUGAAAGUGACCCAAUAGAGAGAAAGGAGCAGGCGAGAGAGGCUGAGAUUCAGAAUACUACUAUGGUGGAGGAGAUGAGCUUACUGCAAGAGACUGUGGAACAAAGCAGAGAAGCAGAGGCAUCCAGCUUCAUUCAGCCAUCUUUCAUACAAACCGAUCCUCUAGAAUCCAAUGAGAGCAGGCUGGAGGUGUCCCACCCAGAGCCUCUGUCUGAGGAGUCCAUGCUGGUCCAUCUAUCUGGAAUGCACUCAGCCCUGGACAGCCAGAAUGUGGAGGAGAAGAGAAUGACUAGUCGAGCACACAAUCUUCUUCAGGCUAUCAGAAAGCAGAACAGCAGCCCUGAUGCCACAUUCAGCCUUCAUGAAAUGUGCGAGAGUUGCAGUCGAUCCAGUGCAGCAGCCAUUUUCUUCUGUCUACUGGUGCUGAAGAAACAGAAGGCCAUAGGCUUGCAACAGAGUUCCCCUUACAGUGACAUCAUCAUCACACCUGGUCCUUUAUUCCAGACGGUUUAGGACCGAGAUUAAAGAAGACCCCGUUGUGGCAUAUUCUCAACCUGAGUGUUAAAGUAAAUGUGUUUGUUUUAAAAGAAGCACUUACACAGUUUCUUUUACUAUUCUGCAAUUCAUUCUGGGCACUGACUUGCAGAACAUAAUUAACUAGAAUACUGACAAAAAAAACCCUUAAAUGGACAGGUUUUGUUAAUUAGUUUUGACUUUCAGUGCAUUUAGAGAAUUAAAUAUCCAACUAGCAAGUCAGAUACAUUUGAGUGUGUGUGCGAGUGUGUGUGCGCAUGCAAUAUAGGUCAGUUUAAAAGUUGGGUUUGUUCUGUGAGGUUGAUUCUAAAGUUCGCAUCCUUGUUUUGUUUGUGUAAUCAAAUGUUCCUGUUUUAUGGAAAACAAACUUUUCAUAUGGUUAUUUGAUAUAUUUAUGAUGUGUAUACAUGUAAUUUUGGUGGUAUUGUUAAUUUAUUUAUAGUUAUUGGACCAAUACUGAGUACUUUGAUUUGAUGAUUAUAAAAUGAGGAAUAAGUUUCUUAAAACCUGAUGUUUAAAAAAAAAAAACAGUCUUGACUUGAAUAUACGGGGAGUCUUAUACUUAAAGGUCCACUAUUGUAUUUAAAAUUUUAAAUUAACACAUGAUCUUCAGUGAUUGAAGUGUAUUUCAUUACAAAAUAAAUGUAAUCAUCGA